AUGACUUCUACCCCUACUUUCAACCACAACUGCGUUGCUGUUUCUAUUCCACCACCCGAGCAUUCCCAACCCAGAGAUCCAUUAACUAAGCUUGAACUACGACAUGACAGUGCUGAUCUGGCAUCUGAAGCACCAUCUGAUCUCAUGCGGUCUUAUGUCAAGCAUGUAGUGGAUAUGCUUGCUCAAAUGGACAUAGGAAGCCCUGAAUACUCUUCUGAAGCAUGUCAACGUGAUUUCCAUCAUCUCUACCUCCAAACGACUACAUAUUUCGCGCAACCAUCACACAAGCUGGCCGUCGAUACAAGAACGGCGCAGACGUUGAUCCAAACAAUGGUGCGCUUUGUCAGUUAUUGCUGGCCUGGACACUCUCUCAACGUAAAGAAAGACCUCUGCAUAUUGUUUGUCUACUAUGGAGUCUUGGACGAUUGGUAUAAAGACAACUUGACAGAAGGCAUGCAACACUUCUCUAAGGACAUGAUCAAGGGUCUCGAGCAAAAGAAUACUUGGUGGCAAGCUUCUAUCAAGGCUGCUGGAUCGAACAACAUGACUUUCAAGGUUUCCCAGGCUCUUACAACUAUCCUGAUUUUCUCCGCAGACUCAACGGGUUUGAUUCCCUCCAUCGCUGCCGUCAUCUCAGAAGUCGAGCAAUGGGAACUCUACGUCAACGACCUCUUGAUCACUUCGUCCAACAAUGCACUGGUUAAAAUUCUGCCACACGUGGACCCGGAGAUGGAAACAGUAGUCCGCGAUCUCAUGUCUGGAUACACGGCAUUUCACUUUACUGAUGCUCGGUAUCGUAUGUCUGAGCUUGUGGAACAUGCUGAGAAUCUAGGACUCGAGGGUGCACAGGAGUUGCGGAGGUUCUAUGAGAUUGCCCAAGCUGGCGGUGACCAAGGUCCAUCCCGAUGGGCUGUGCCCUCGCUACAGGAACUGACAGAAAGCUAUGGCAACUGA